GACUCCCUGGCGGAAGGGUUAUGUAUUUGAACUCAAUUUUGACAGUCGGGUCAAUGGUCAACAUGGUGUUUUCUUGUGAUUAUAUUUUGUGUCUUGAAUUGUUCUAGAGAUGCCAUGUCCUUGUUUUUCAAUUGGGGUGUGUAUAAAGUCAAAAGCCAGAUACAGACAGAAUAUUGAGGUUGGUUGAAGAUGGGCAAGUCAUCAAAGGACAAGCGUGAUGUUUACUACCGCCUGGCAAAGGAGGAAGGCUGGAGAGCUAGAAGCGCAUUCAAACUUCUGCAGAUCAAUGAAGACUUCAACAUUUUCAAUGGUGUGAGGAAGGUGGUGGAUCUAUGUGCAGCCCCGGGAAGCUGGAGUCAGGUACUCGCCAGGAAACUCAGGCCAGUGGGUACCAAAGAUGAAGAUGUGAAGAUAGUGGCUGUUGACCUCCAGGCUAUGGCCCCCAUACCAGGGGUUAUACAAAUACAGGGGGACAUCACAAAGACAUCCACCGCCCAUGAGAUCAUUGGUCACUUUGCUGGAGAGCACGCGGACCUGGUGGUCUGUGACGGGGCGCCUGAUGUUACAGGCCUCCAUGACAUUGAUGAAUACAUACAGGCACAACUUUUGCUUGCCGCCUUGAACAUCACCACACAUGUUCUUAAAAAAGGAGGAAAUUUUGUUGCAAAGAUAUUCCGAGGAAAAGAUGUAUCCCUACUCUACUCCCAGCUGAAGAUCUUCUUCCCCCUUGUGUCCGUCUUCAAACCCAGGAGCAGUAGGAACUCCAGUAUCGAGGCGUUUGUCGUGUGCCAGAACUACUCACCCCCUGAAGGCUACAUUCCUAACAUGGCUAACCCCUUGCUAGACCAUCACUAUGACCUGGACUACAACAACUUGGUUGGCCCUAACCGCGUGAUUGUCCCGUUCCUGGCGUGUGGAGAUCUCAGUGGGUUUGAUUCAGAUAAGACCUACCCACUCCAGUUACCUGGCAAACAGUAUGAAUACCACGCCCCAACACAGUCCCCUAUCAACCCUCCAUACAAGGCAGCCUGUGAACUACGCAAGACAGACAGACUGGCUAAACCUGGUCAACCAGAACAGGCUACAGCUGGGACAGCAGACAACCACAGUGCAGCAGACAGUUCUAAAGUAGGGACAAUGAAAGAAGAAGAGUGUGUAGUCCACACAGGUACAGGGGGCAGUGAACCCAGGGAAACAGGGGGAGUAACUGAGGCUACUGAGAAACUGAAUAGUUUGGAUCUUAAAACCUGAGUGUUCUAUGGGCUCAAGUUGAGUCAUGUGCAGUAGACAAUAUCACAGUAGGAGUUAAAAAGGCAGGGUAUUGUGUUGUCAAUAUAUGUGAACGAUCAGUGAGUCGGUGACUUUAUGUGACCUUGGGGAUGGGGAGUUUGGGGGCUGGUGUGGGGGCAACAGGGUUUGAGUCAGUGGCCACGUGACCUUUGAGGGGCAACACGGGGAAUAACUGAGAAACUUAAAUGUUUACAUCUUCAUAUAUCAGUUGUUUUUAUGUACUCAUUGACUUUAAGACUUGUACUUUAAGUGUUUGCAUUAUGACAUACAAUUAAAAUAUAUACAUUACAUAAAGAUAUAAAUGGAUUGUUUGAGUUCAAGUCCUAAGUGUAAAUGUUAAGCGAAACUAUCAUGCUUAGAUAAUGAAGAUGGUGUUAACAAUUCAAUGAAAUAAAAUUGGUUUAAAUGUGGAAGCCACAACAAACGGAAGAUUUUAUUGCCGUUUAAAAAGAUGUAUACACCCAGUAUGAAAUCCGGAACAUAUUAUAGGAGUCUAUUUGAUGAUAGUGCAAGUUGUCACGUGGCAUCCUCCACUCAGUAACUGCCAUUCAAUCUCACAUUAUUUAUAAGCAUCAUUCCUGGAACAAGAUCAAUUACCAAUCAAACAGCUGUACAGGUUGUCUGGUUAGCGCACUCGCUUUUCAGCAUGGCAACACAGGUUGGAUUCGAUUUGAUUCACAGCCUGUGAGUUUGGUUAGUGGUUACCAAGCCGGAAAAGUGGGUUUUCUCCUGGUACUUCAGUUUUCCCCACAACAUAAGACCACACUUUCGCAACAUCGUGCCAAGAGUGACUUAGUAUAAAUUAUCAUAACUUUCUUCACAAUCGUUGUAAAAUAUAUUAUGUUUAAACUAAACAGCUGUAGGCAAUCCCAGUUUAAGCCAUGUCCUUGUCAUACUUGUAUCAAAUGGACCCUGUCUGCUCUCUAAAGUGUUUCCUGUGUAAGAUUUCAUAUCCAUUAUGUAUCAAUCUUGAUGUAUUGGAAUCAUUUCGGAGGAGUUUGUUAUCCGUCAAAAUAAUUUCAGUUGAUAAUUUAAUAUUGAGUUAUUGCCCUUUAAUUGUCAAAAUUGGACAACAUUGAUAUUGUCUGUUCUUAAACUUGUACAAUUGUAUCCAGUCUUGGACAAAAUUCACAAUUGGUGCAUAGUAUCUCAAGCAGGGCUGAGGCAUACCCACCCUGACUCUCAAGAGUUAUGAUCCUUGAUUUGUAUGUAAUGGUUCAUUUGUUAAAUAAUGACACCUCGACUUCCAUUCCUUCAAUGAACAGUAAGUAUAAAUAUAAUUUUGGGCAAAUGUCAAUAUUUACCAGUGAACGCAACAUUUGGAUAUGUUUGGAUUGCGAAUCCAUACAUAUUUAUAUAAAAAGCUUUUACUUUUGUUUAUUCUUAUAUCAGCCAACGGAAAUUUUUUUAAUCAACAUGUUGAAAAAGUGUUAAUUUAUAAUUAGUAAAAUGUAUCGAUGUCAUUGCCAUUUCAAUUUUACAUUAACAAUGAUUAUUUUGGAAAUAAUUUUUGUCCGUAGUAAUAAAAUUUGUAAACCGG